GUUUGUUUGUCUCGGCAGCAGAGAAGGGGAAGUGCAGUUCCCGACAGUAUCGACAGGGCGCUGAAUCAUGGCACCUAUUGGAGGGACCCCGAAAAACAAGAAGGGUAUUCUUGAACGUCUAGAUGCUGGAGAAAUUGUGAUUGGUGAUGGAGGAUUUGUCUUUGCUCUCGAAAAGAGGGGAUAUGUGAAAGCUGGACCUUGGACUCCAGAAGCUGCACUAGAACACCCAGAAGCAGUUCGUCAGCUGCAUCGAGAAUUCCUCAGGGCUGGAUCAAAUGUUUUACAGACAUUCACCUUUUAUGCCAGUGAUGACAAAUUAGAAAACAGGGGGAACUAUGUAGCCGAUAAACAUUCUGGCAAGAAAGUAAACGAAGCAGCCUGUGAUAUUGCAAAAGAAGUGGCUCAAGAAGGGGAUGCUUUGGUGGCUGGAGGCGUCAGCCAAACCCCUUCAUACUUAAGCAGCAAGAGUGAAGCUGAAGUUAAAUCAAUCUUUCGAAAGCAGCUAGAGGUUUUUACCAAAAAGAAUGUGGACUUCUUAAUUGCAGAGUAUUUUGAACAUGUUGAAGAAGCUGUGUGGGCAGUUGAAACCUUAAAAGAAGCUGGGGUACCAGUUGCAGCAACUCUUUGUAUUGGUCCAGAAGGAGAUAUGCAUGGCAUAUUACCUGGAGAAUGUGCUGUCAAACUUGUAAAUGCUGGUGCUUCUAUUGUUGGAGUAAACUGCCAUUUUGAUCCAGCUACUUGCCUCAAAACUCUGAAACUCAUGAAGGAGGGCUUGGCAGCUGCUAAACUAAAAGCGCACCUGAUGUCACAGCCGCUUGCUUUUCAUACUCCGGACUGUGGGAAGCAGGGGUUCAUUGAUCUACCGGAAUUUCCUUUUGCUUUGGAGCCAAGAAUUCUAUCCAGAUGGGAUGUUCACAAAUAUGCAAGAGAGGCCUAUGAUUUGGGGAUUCGAUAUAUUGGAGGGUGCUGUGGGUUUGAACCAUAUCACAUCAGAGCAAUUGCAGAGGAGCUGGCCCCUGAAAGAGGAUUUUUACCACAAGCCUCUGAAAAACAUGGCAGCUGGGGGAGCGAAUUGAGCAUGCAUACCAAACCAUGGGUCAGAGCAAGGGCUAGGAAGGAAUACUGGGAGAAUCUGUUGCCUGCUUCAGGAAGACCAUAUUGCCCCUCACUGUCUAAGCCAGAUGCCUGGGGGGUGACCAAAGGGGAUGCUGAGUUGAUACAGCAGAAAGAAGCAACAUCUGAACAACAGCAGAAAGAACUCUUCAAAAGACAGAAAUUCAAACCCAGCACUGUAGCAUAGAUUAUUAGCAUUUUUGUCUAUGCAAAAGCAAGUAUGUCACUGUAUAAUUGACAACUCAGUGGAAAGAUCAGACAGAAUUUAUUAAUUACAAGUUGGAAGUAUAAUAAAUCUCAAAACACUUUUUAAAAAUGAAAAUGCGCCUAUGCUAUAUACUGCACUUUUAUUGAAUACUCCAACUUAUAUGCAGUACACACAUUUCAGAGAACAUUCAUCCUCCAAUCCUAUUGAAAUAAUUGAGAUUUAAUGCUUACAUGUAAAAUUGUCCAAUCCUAAGCAACUUUUCUCAAAAUUAAGUCUCACUGCAUUUAACAGAAUUUCCUUCCUAGUGAAUGUGUUUAGGAUUAAACCAAAGAACUUGGGUUAAUUGGAACUUUAUAUGGAUUGUGUCCAUUAUGUUAGAUGGAUAAGUUUUAUUUUCUAUUUUCCCCCCAUAAGCAUAGCACUCUUUAUGAAAGCUAAAAGAGAUGAAUACUUAUUUUGGAAAGAUACAUUUUUCUCAUGAUAGGAAUAGUUUAAAUCACUGCAAUUAUAUAAUUUUAAAAAAUAAAAUACUUCAGAUAAACAGCAGAUUAUUUUCAAAAUAUUUGUUGGUUUUAUUCUCCCAGGCUUGAGAUGCCAUUGUGAUCUCUAAAUGCAUAUUACAGGAGAUCAAAUUAAGCUAACAUUUAUUCAGCAUUCAA